GGGGUGUCCUGUUUUCAGGACCGUAGUUGCUGAAACAGCAUUGCGGCCAUGGCAGAACCGCAGCCUGCAUCCAGCAGCCUCACCGACGAGGCUGCCCUCGGUUGCUGCUCUGAUCCGGAUCCCAGCACCAAGGAUUUUCUGUUGCAGCAGACCAUGCUACAAAUUAAGGAUCCUAAGAAGUCAUUGGAUUUUUAUGCUAGAAUUCAUGGAAUGACGCUACUCCAAAAAUUAGAUUUUCCCACUAUGAAAUUCUCACUCUAUUUCUUGGCUUAUGAGGAAAAGAAUGACAUCCCAAAAGAAAAAGAUGAAAAAAUAGCAUGGGUAUUCUCCAGGAAAGCUACACUUGAACUGACACACAAUUGGGGCACAGAAGAUGAUGAGACCCAGAGUUACCACAGUGGCAACUCAGACCCUCGAGGAUUCGGUCACAUUGGAAUUGCUGUUCCUGAUGUACAUGGUGCUUGUAAAAGAUUUGAAGAACUGGGAGUCAAAUUUGUGAAGAGAUCUGACGAUGGUUAAAUGAAAGGCCUGGCAUCUAUUCAAGAUCCCGAUGGCUACUGGAUUGAAAUUUUGAAUCCUAACAAAAUGACAACUAUUAUUUAGUUCUGUGAGAAUACUGCUUUGUGAUUUUAGUGAAGACCUUGUGGGAGGUAAAAAAGGAAAUGGUGUAAUUCAAGAUAGACAACAGAAAUAUCUAGGACUGAAGAAUCAUUGUCCCAAUUCAGAUUAUUCUGAAGUCCAUUCCCCUUUUCUAUUUCAGCCUAUGUUUUUCACCUAAUAAUUCAGUCAUUGUGGUUUUAAA